AUGGAUCACCAUCGUGAAGUCUACACAACCCAGCGUCCUGAUGGUACCGUGGUCACGACGACCACUCGUACCAAAUACGAAGAAGAUGUAGAGUUUGGCUGUGGCCCUGGAACGAUCGACAAAAGAUAUUGUUGUUCACCUCCAGGCAUUCUGAGGGUUGUUCAAAUGGUAAUAUUAUAGGAAAUGGGCUUAAAGAUUUGUUCAAAAGGCUAAAAUAUUACUGUAUGGUUUAUAGAAAUUAGACUUUAAAAUUAAAAUUACAGUAAUGACUUGAGUUUUUAAGUUAAUUAUCUAUGUUAACUAUAUUAGACAGAUUUGGUCACCACUUUGCUUGUAGAUACUGUGUUUGAUCGUGAUUUCUUUAAUCUCAUCUGUAUUUGGCCCAGGUCCAUUCAAAGGGGUCUUGUUUGGCCAGACCUUUGUGAUUAUCUUCACUUCGAUCGCUCUGUGUGUCACCUUCAUGUUCUUGUUGGGAUACUUUUUGAACAUGCACCUCUCUCACCUCAGCUUCUGGCCUUGGAAGACCUCGGUAAGCUCUUAAUAGUCCUAGUAUGAUAGUAAUUGGACAUAGUAUUACUAUAAGGUGCUGCACAUCUGUCUGAAAUGGGAAAUGACCAAUAGUGGCUUUUCGUUCGUUGCGAAUUGUUUUUAAAUUUUAUUUUAAUUUUUGCGUUGAAAUGUAACGAAAAGCCAGAAAAUUCCAUUUCCAAUUUUUGUUUUAUUUCAGACAGACGUGUGCUGUCAAUGUAGAAGGGGGGGGGUAGUUUAAAAAAUGGAUUAUUUUUCAAAGGGGAGGACCUCAUUAUGGCUGAACAAAUAAUUUUCUAGGAUCUUCUUUUCUCUGGCCUAGCCGCUGUCGUGUUCCUGGUGUUGUGUUUCGUCGAAGCCUACUAUUCAACUGGAGCGUGGUCGAAUAACUGUAACGACAUCGGAGGUGACGGUGUGAUUCACAACGGAUGUAGGACCAUCAUUGAAUGGGCCUUCUCAGCUGUAAGUAACUGAAAUUGUAACAGUAAGGUAUUAUGAAGCUAAAUUAUGCCGUUUUUACAAAAAAUUUCAUUAUUAUAGCAUAAAAAACAAUUUAUUUGUUAGCAUACUAUUAUUGCAACAGUAAUAUUAUUGAAACAAUGUUGUAAAAGCAGUAAUGUAGUUUACAACAAUAUAAUGUUACUACAAAACAACACUAUUUCCAUAUAAACCUACUAUAACAUGACACGAUAACGUGACCCCACAUGUAAACAACAUUAUUUCAGUUUCUGUUGUUCGUACUCGCCAUUCUGUACGCCGUAAGCGCGUUUCUGGCGUCGCGACAUCGCCGCUACGAGUGA